AUGGACUUCUCGCGCUUCCAGGCCAUUGUGUCGGAGUUUAACUCUACUGGUAGCAAUAUCACCAGCGGCAGCAUCCCCUACGACAAGAUAUGCUACUACUUCUACUUAUAUAAUUCGGCAUCCAUCGCGAUCGAUGAGUCCGACGUACUGUUUGACCACGUCAUGAGCUGGAUAGCAGUGCAGCGCAUGACGACGUCUAGUAGACAUCUGACUGCAGCUACGCAAUGGGUUAGCGAAGUCGAAGACAUAGGCGGUGACGACGACGUACUGGACGAACGUGGCAUUUUCAACUACGAGAAAUGGUCGGGUAAUAUACCGCCGAUGUACCAACCUAAUUAUGGUCAUUACGACUUCCGCCAUGAAGGGCGAUGGUUCAGUUUCGCGCGGGUCAAGAAGAAGGACGAUAAAAAAAUCACCGAGUUUGAUGAGGAGAUUAUAAUCACCUGUGUGGGUAGGGAUGCGCUGCCUGUCAAGGAGCUCAUCGUGUACAUUAAGAGGUGGAGCCUUAACAAAGCCAACACGCUUACCACGAUCUACCAAGCGCCUGGACAGAAGCACAGUGGGGAACGGUACUGGAAAGAGUCGUCCAGACGUCCAUCGCGACCACUGAGUACCGUAUCGCUGGACUUACAGCAGAAAGGCGCAAUUGUUGGGGAUAUUAACGAGUAUCUCAACCCCUCUACAGCGCGUUGGUAUGCGGCACGUGGUAUCCCACAUCGCCGUGGCUAUCUCUUUCAUGGACCCCCGGGAACGGGUAAAACGUCGUUGUCGUUCGCUCUGGCUGGCAUUUUUGGGUUGAACAUAUACUGUCUCUCGCUUAAUGACGGAAUUUCCGAGUCCGAGCUAAGUGCCCUGUUCAACGACCUUCCUAGCCGGUGCUUUCUUCUUCUUGAAGACAUUGACGCUGCGGGUAUUAGGCGUGAAGGUCUUCCGCCUCCGGUUGUGGCCAUGGAAAAUGUCACACCCAUUGUUGACGCACCCAAAAUCGAGAUACAGGACACUCCGACAAGUGUCAUAUGGAAGGUGUUCAGCAUUUUUGCGUGGCCUUUCAAGGUUGCCUUGCUAUUUUUCGGCUAUCUUCGCAAGCCUGUACCGCACGAAGAGCCGGCGAAAGAAGCCCCUGCUCCAAUGUUGCCCAAAGAUACCCCACAGGAAGAAGUCAAAGAGGAAUUCAGUAACGCAUCACCGUCAUCAUCGUCACGAAAUGCAGCCUACACAGAAGCGUCAGGAGGAGCUCAAGGAUCGAUCAGUCUGAGCGGACUCCUCAACUGCAUCGAUGGCGCCGCUUCUCACGAGGGCCACGUGCUCAUCAUGACUACUAACACCCCAGAGAAGCUGGACGACGCCUUGACCCGACCAGGUCGCGUCGACAUGCAGAUUGGUUUUACGCUCGCCACGCGCGAUCAGAUUCGCGACACGUACAUGCGCAUGUUCAGCAACGAUAACCCCACACCCAACGUUACCCAGGCACCCAAAGUCACAACGAAAAGCCAUAUACCUACACAGGGAGCAAAGAAAGACCGGCUCGGCGAUAUUGUUAUUCCUAAGAAGUCUAUCGCGGCCGUCGUGGAGCCGGACAAGCUAGCGGAGAUGGCACAGCAGUUUGCUGAUGCAUUACCGGAGAAGGUCUUCUCGCCGGCGGAAGUCCAGGGCUAUCUGUUGAUGCACAAGAUGGAUCCAGGUAAGGCGAUAGAACAAGUGGGUAAGUGGAGAGAGGAGACGCUUGAGGCGAAGAAGAAGGCGAGCAAUGUUGUUGCUGCCUGA